UCUGAGGAAGUGAUAAAUAUUAAUGAUAGCUGUUUGACGAGUUCACAAUAGAACCGGUGUUGCUCAGAAUAAAAACGUAUUUUUGGUCUUCUUUUUGUUUAAAGAAGGCAAAUGACAAACGAGUAUGGAUUCCAGAUAAACCAUCUCGAAUUAUGAUGAAUGCUCGUGUGGAAACGAUUUGUUUAUGUACUUUGAGUUUGUUUAUAUUUUGUAAUCAGUUUGUCGUUUUCGUGGAUUCGAAACCUGUUAAUAAUACGAACCAAAAUACAUCAAAUCAUAAUGGAAGUGAGAAGAAUGAACCUCAUCGUCAUGAACACAAAAUCAAAGUGGCGAAAUUAGAUUUUGAACAUAUUGCAAGGCCUUUUAUCAUAACAGUAUGGGUGUUGCUCGCCACUCUACUCAAAGUCGGAUUUCAUAUGACCUCAAGAUUGUCAAAAGUUGUACCUGAAUCAUGCAUGGUUAUUUUGCUUGGCAUUCUUCUUGGAUUAAUUUUACACUAUUCCAACUUCAAAAGUGUCGCAGAUAUUCCAUUUUUCAACUCGAGAAUAUUCUUUCUGUUCAUGUUGCCACCAAUUGUUUUGGAUGCUGGCUACUUUCUUCAUACAAGAGCGUUUUUUGAUAAUAUGGGGACAAUUUUACUCUAUGCUGUCGUGGGAACAAUAUUCAACACUUUUACUGUGGGAAUUACACUUUACGCCACUACAGAUCUUGGUAUUCCUCUUCUACAAAUGUUGCUCUUCUCGUGUCUCAUAGCAGCUGUUGAUCCUGUUGCCGUUCUUGCUGUCUUUGAAGAAGUCCACGUGAACGAAGUGCUUUAUAUUUUAGUGUUUGGUGAAUCACUCUUGAAUGAUGCUGUAACCGUCGUGCUUUAUCGACUUUUUGAAGCUUUAGUCACCCAGGCCACUGUGGAAAUAGGAGAGGUUUUCAUCGGUAUUGCAGCUUUCUUUGUUGUCAGUAUUGGUGGUGUUCUUAUUGGAUUAUUAUGGGCGUAUUUAACUGCGUAUUUGAGCAAAUUUACUGAUCACGUGAGAGUUCUGGAACCGAUUUUCAUCGUCAGCAUGUGUUACAUGUCUUACUUAACUGCCGAGUUUUUCCACUUCUCAGGAAUAAUCAGUAUUGUUACAUGCGCCAUUGUGAUGAAACCGUACGUCGAAGCAAAUAUUUCGCACAAGUCCAGAAUUCCUUUGAAGUAUUUCCUAAAGAUGGCAAGCACCUUGUCAGAGACCGUUAUCUUUAUGAUGUUGGGAGUGAUGUUAUUUGAGCGAGAACUCGAGCUCCAUGCGUCUUUUACAAUGGUCACACUGUUCCUAGUUUUUAUCUAUCGAGCUGUUGGUGUUGUUAUCCUCUCUUGGUUGGCGAAUACAUUAAGAUUGAAUAAAUUAAACAAAGUUGAUCAAUUCAUUAUGGCUUACGGCGGUUUGCGUGGCGCUGUGUCGUUUUCAUUGGCUAUUGUCUUGGAUGAAAAUGUUGAAAAGAAAAAAAUUUUGGAAACUACCACCAUUUGUGUCGUUUUCGCUACCGUGUUUUUUCAGGGCAUCACAAUCAAGCCCCUGGUCAACUUACUGCGAGUUAAACGUGCUGUAAAGCGGAAGGAAGUCAUGUUGGGAGAAGUUAAUGAUAAGUUGAUGGAUCAUCUUCUUGGUGGAGUUCAAGAUGUAAUCAAACACAGAGGAAGAUAUUACUGGAUGAAUUUGUAUCACUAUGUCGACUUAAAAUACAUGAGGCCUAUAUUUAUGCGAGAAAUGACGGACAAAAAAGUGAUUGACGAGACUGUGUUAAUGGUUUACAGAAAGAUUUCAUCGCGUGAACAUGCUUCACCUGAUAUGAAACGUGAUAUACCCGAUGACGAUGAAUUUGGGGACGUUGUAAGGGAUCCACGUCGAUCUGCAGGUGGUGGUUUGGCAAGCGAAGACUGUGAAAAAUACAAAGUUUUAAUGCAACAUGCACAACUUUCAAUGGCGUUGGGAAGUCAAAUUAAGGGAACAAGAAGAUUCUCAAAGAACAAUAUCGUUGACGAGACGGAUAUUUGCGAUAAAGCUUUGCGCGUGAGAAGGCAUUCACGACAAAUGCCGCACGUUCCUCGCAGCGUAAUAUCAAGGCAGGUAUCACGACAAUCACCUAGCAACGGUGCCAGCGAAACAGAUGGUCCACCACCACCCCGUUGCAGACAUCAUAGACACAACCGAAAUCACAAACACCGUAAGCAUAAGAAAGUAACAAAAAAGUUGAGUGAUAUUCCGGAGAGUCCUACGUCGAAUGACGCAACAUCAGAUAGCCCUCCUUUGAGUAAAUCUCCCGAAGAUCGUAAUCUGCUGCCUAAAAUAAGUGAUUUCGGAUCCUGCAGUCCUCAACUCGCUAUGAAAUUCAGUAGAUCAAGCGAGCCCGCGGUAUCAAAUGAUCCCGAGUCACCGAUGAUGGCCGACACUGUAAUGUGAUGAAAGCGUAUGACGUAGAAAUAUUGUGUUGGGUAGAAAUACCUCACUUUCUCUCACAUCGAAGAAUAUUAUCUUGAAUUCAAGCAAAUAGUAGCUUUCAUUAUGGAUGAUCAAAUAUUUAAAUACCACGCUUAAUUCUUUCAUAGUGAAAACUGUACAUAGAUGGAAAAUAAUCACCCCGAUGAAGACGAGUUAACCUUCUCGGAUGUACGCCCUAAACUUUUUUCUCAAACUCGCCAUGCAUUAACCAUUUUGUAUUCAUUGUUCUUCAGCUAGAUACCCACCCUCUUGUCGAUUUUCAUUCAAACGCUCGAACGGGUUCAACUUUUCACGGGAAAUUUAGUUUUAUUUAAAGAUACGGAAUGAUCAUUAGACAAGAAAGCAAAACAUCAAGACUUAGCCACUUGCAAGCUUUUGCUUUUUCCUAUAGGUAGUUAUUCAAUAUUUGUGAAUCAAAUCAUUUUAAGUUUCGUGCUCGUGUUAGAGGAUUGGAACGAGUCGUGUAACAUUAAAUAACAUUUGCUUUUCAUAAUACGAUUUGUAAUUCAUAGGGAGUAGAUAAAUGGGCUGGCCACUACUCCUAUCUUAUUUGAUAAACUUGUUUUUUUCUUAGACACGAGAAGAUAAUGUAAUUAGCUAAGAAUGUAAUGUAAAUGUACUUGUAAUAUUGAAUUGUUUUGAACAAUCAGCAAUUACAAAUGUUCAAUUUUUCGCAGGAUGUGACUUAA